AUGGCGAGCCAGGACACUAGGGCUUCCUUAACCCCCUCUCCCACCAUUGCUGCACCCGAUGCUACAUCUCCACGAAAUGCUGCUGCCGGGGCUGCAACCGCCAAUGAUACAUUGGCAGCAAAAGAUGUGGGGGAAAUCACCCAAGUAUGCCCAUCGAUAACAAACGCGCACACAGUGACAGAGGGCAGCUCUAGGAGGCCCCCGGCGCAGCUCCUCGGGCAGAAAAGCCCCGACCUGCCGACUUCGGCAGAAUGGCAACGCAGCCCUUGCCCUUCAACACCGCAAGAGAGGCACAGCCGCAGCAACAGCAGCAGCAAGAACGAAAAGGAUAGUACCGACACGAGCGGCGGCAGCGGCAGCGUACUGCCCCUGCCUUCAGCAGCAACGGAGUCGUUGUCGGUUCCUUCAACAGCGAAGAGCUGCGACGGGGAAAGCAACCUCAGCAACAACAACAGCAGCAAAGACGAUAUCAGCAGCGGCAGCAGCUCUGGCAGCAGCAACAGCAACAGCGGCAAUUGCAACAGCAGCAGUAGCAAUACCAGCAGCAGCGGCACUAGCAGAGACAGUGACAACGGGCAGACCACACGCUACGGCAUCCCUUCGGGGGAAGAAUCUAUGAAGGCCUUGCGUCGCCAUGUGGAGCUGCUGAUGGACCGGGAAGUGAACGCCAGGACGCGCAGCCGCCUUGAGGCGUGCCUGGACGCCCUCGAGCCCGAGACGCUGGACCUGCAGCUGCUGCGAGUGAUCUGCGCUAAGGGGCUGCCUGAGGGCUGUGCUGCGCUGCGGUCGAUAUACUGGCGUCUUCUCCUCCACUGUCUGCCCCCCCGGCCGGCUGAAUGGCAGCAACGCCGGUGCAAACUAAGGGAGGCGUACGAAUCGUACAAGGCAGAGUUCAUUCGGGAGCCCGAGGCAGUGCGUCGCUUGCGGCGCAUGCAGCAACAGCAACAGGAGCAACAGCGGAACCAGCAGCAGCAGGAUGGAAAGGAUGGAGCAGACGAAGCCAAAGACAAGCUGUCUACGGCUGUUGAUGAGGGCAACACAACAGCGUCGCGUGACAGGCAAACUUCCAGCUGUGGAUCUUCCACAGAAGGCACCCGCCACCAGUCGGACUCCUCCAUUCCUCUCUCAGCUGUUAAGGACCACCCUCUGUGUCGCAGCGCGACCAGCGAGUGGCGCGGCUACUGGGUGGACGCCGAAGUCUUUGAUCAGAUUAACAAGGAUGUCUUCAGGACACGGCCGGAGUUGUGCUUCUUUGCCCUCAAUCCGCAGCAAACUGUCACGCGACAGCAGCAGCUCCAUCUCUACCCGCCGCCGCCUACGCGACACGCGCAGCCCCAGCAGCAGCAGCAGAAUGAGCAGGUUCCUCUUCUAGUCAACUACGAUGUCCUACUGCAGCAGCAGCAGCAGCACGAACAGCGGCAAUCCAGUGCUUCCUCUAACCCUGCCGGCGAAGGUACACGCGCGGGCCGCAAGCAGGGCAGCAGCAGCAGCGGUAAUACUUCGUCUUCUUCUCUCAAGGGCUUCCGCCUCCCCUCUGCAUUUCGUGCCAAGAAACGGCUCGUGGCUGACACCGCCUCAGCGACUCCGCCGAAUGAAAGUGCGCGGAGCAGCAGCAGUGGAAGCAGCAGGGGUCCGGCAGCCUGCGGCGGAAGCGGUGUCAGUCGCCGCGGCAGCCCAUCGUUGCAAGCAGCAGGAAGGGGCGGCUGCAGCACACGACAGCAGAGUGUUAAGGUCGGGGCGAAAUCGGGGGACGGCGACGAUAAGAUGAUAUUUCCAUCGUCUUCCUCGGAGUGUUUGCUGGAAGGGGGUAGCAGCGAGCUGCACGGUAGCUCCAGUCGAUCUGGCUGCAGCAGCAGCAGACAGUUCCUUUGCGCAGCGGAUGCGCUGGAGACCUCUGUAGCAGUAGAGCAAGAAGGUUAUUUGCUCGAUAGACAACUGGAUCCCGCCCAAAACAAGGCGGGAGUCAGAAAUGCCAGCACGAAUAGCAGGGGCAGCAGCAAAAGCAGCAGCUCGCCUCAAGACCCACGUCUGUCCUCCAGGGGCUCUCACGAGUCGGACUCUCCCCCAUUGCGGGGACAGGCGGUGAGUCAGAGGUCUUCAAUGACGUCUUUUCAAGAAGCUGAAAAGGGAAGGCAACUGCUCCAAAGCCUUCCCGCAGCAGCAACUGAUCCUGCUGCUGUGGAUGCGGAUGCGGAAGCGGCCGUUGUCGCCAGGGCGGCUGGAAAGGAGCCGGGCUUCCCGCUUCCUAGCGAGUACCUUGAGGACUGCGCUGCAGCUGCUACAGACGCUACAGAAGGUGGCAGUGGUGUUGCUGCAGCUGAGCAGCAAAGGAAGGGGGGGGAUACUGUGCAGCCUUGGCGGGCGCCUGCGGGAGUGCAGGAUGUGUGCAACAUGAUAACCCCGCACCGUCAUUACGACGUGUUGUCGCGCUUGUUGUUUAUUUACGCCAAAGUCAACGCAGGCCUGUGCUAUGUCCAAGGCAUGAACGAAAUCCUGGCCCCCAUUUAUUAUGCACUAAUGACCGAUCCCACCUACACAGACUAUGAACAGGCAGAGGCAGAAAUCUUUUACUGCUUUAGCGAAGUCAUGCAGCAACAACGGGAUGCCUUCUGCAAAGCCCUCGACCCCACGGACGCUGGCGUGAAAGGUCGUCUAUCAAGCUUAGAUGCUCUUCUGAGGCAGAAGGAUGAAGAAGUUUGGGUGCAUCUCAACGCAGUUGGCGUCGAGCCGCAGUUCUAUGCCUUGCGGUGGCUGCUGCUGAUGCUGACCCAAGAGUUCGAAAUGCCUGAUGUGUUGGCUCUGUGGGACGGCUUCAUAGCAGAUACAGGAAGGCCUUUACCGUUGCUGUAUUAUGUUUGCGUCGCGAUAAUCAUCUGGCUCAGGCCAGCCCUCUUGGCUGGGGACUUCACAGCUUGCAUGAAGCUGCUGCAGCAUCUCCCCUCGUUUGACCCGAAGGCUUUGCUGAGCUCCGCCAUGCGACUCCGCGCGGACGACGUAGAAGGGAACCGCACUCCGGCGUGUGGGGUGCCUCGGCCUGUGCCUGGGGGCGGUCGAAGGAGCAGGGAGGGUCUGGACGAGCUUGAUCCUCUGCAGCAGGUGUCGGAUUCUCUGUUUAAACCGAUAUCGCGGGCUAUUGCGGCGCUGAGUUUGAAUGAAGGCCUGGGCGCCGUGCCCAGCGAAACCGUAAGACCGGACGGAGGAGUCACAGAGGCCCUGGGAGAGAGGACCUGGAAGAAGGGUAUACUUUUGCCUCAUUCGCUGCGGGGGGAGGGAAGUGCAAGUAAGGGAGAUAAAGACGCUGGGGAGGGCCCAGAUGCUGCUCUUGGACAUCUCAAACGACUGGCAGGGGUUGGCGUGGAGCACGCCUACAGAGGAGCCAGCGCCGUGUCUCAGUAUUUGAACAACUCAGGGCUCGCCUCGGGUAUUGCGUCAAACAUUACCUCCUUCUUCGCGGGAGACAGCACCCCAAGCAGCGCAGCGGCGCCCCCCGAGACAACAGAAGCUUUAGCAGCUGCUGAACGCCCCAGACAGUCGACUGCAGCAAAACUGGGCGAGUUCUUCGCAGCAGCUCAGAGCGGGUUCUCGCCAGGAGUCAAGGGGACCAACGAUUCUCGCAUGCGCCCCGACAAGGCUCCAUUCGUAUCUCCAGCGCCAGACACAGGCGAUAAUGUGGGGUGCGCUCCUCCGCUGAUUGAAUACCCGUUCUCUCCAGUUGAAGUAGCUGUCAGCGAGACGGCAGAGCAGCUGCCAAUGACUGAAGACAGCCUGCGAGAUAUCUCGCCAAGGCAACGGAGCCUUUGGGAGACAGACACGGCGGAAGCGUUGGGGAGACGAAUAAAGGAUGCUGACGGUGAAGCAGACAGUCCACGAAGCGAGGAUGACCAGCAUUCUUUUAAGUCCCCCGCGGGGGAAGGGCUGCGGAUUACUAUACUCUGA